AUGCAAACAAUUGUAUCGAAUUCGUCAGAACGGCUGGCGGAACGACUGGAAGUGGAGUCUCGGACAAACCUGGAAGUGAAUGCGGUGAGUGUAGGAGGUGGAGGAAGUGCAGGAAGUGCAAUUAGUACGGGAAAUGGUGUAGGGACGCACAAUGUGUCUGGUCAUAUGAAUUUGACGAUGAGCUCGAAGGAACAGUACGAAAAAGUGGCGAAACCACCUCAGUUUCUUAACAAUUACAUCUCUGGAGUAAGAAACGAUCUUAUGGACAUGCCAGCGGAAAGACGUAAAUUGGACAAUGAACGUUCCCUGCUGUCGUAUUAUGGGUCAAAAGUACACACGUCGCGUCACGAUAGUGUGACAAGUGGUGCUUCGGAUACACAAUUGUCAGCUGACAGUCCGAAACGGAACGCACGGUUGAGACCUGCACAGCCAAAUUUGAGCCGUCUGCUCAGCGAUCAUCAGACUCCAUUACGCAAGCCACGCAAGGACAAAAAAUAUUCACCAGAAGUGGUAAAUAAAGGCUAUUUGAGUUAUUGUUCGAAGUUACCCAUUCCGGACCAAGAAAGUCCCGAACUAACGAAAAGACACAAUAUGUGGUUCCCAAUAAUGAAAUGGGACAUUGCAAGUCCUGAAGGUUACGAUGAUGGACCCGCGUUGACGUCUCGCAGUUCCAGUUCCUCUUUGGGGCCCAAACAAUCGGCUAAAGCCGUGCCCAUGGGACGAGAAAAUUCAUGGAUUUUUACCAAUGCCACGAUCCAUGCGUCUGCAGACCCAACGGAACACAACACUUUUCUCGGAUCUUUCACGAUGCCGCCUUUAUUCGGCGAAAUGAAACUACCCCCUUUUGUAUACCAUUGCGCAGUCGAACUUGGGAACCAUAUCUACAUUAUGGGAGGGUUGACACCAUCUUAUUAUUACUCUGAUGAAAUCCCGGAUCUGAGCAUGUUCCGGGUCGACGGAGUCAAGAAUUUGCCGCCACCCUUGAUUGAAAGCGUGGUCAACAGUCCUGCCAUGGUCAAUAAUCAUGAACUUUUCGUGGUUUCGUCCGCAUCUUACCGCGUUCGCAAGCCACACAUGACGGGUCAAAUCCCUCCUCCGUUACUCUGUAUGACUGCUUCGAUACUGACUAAACGACACCUUUUCUGUUACGGUGGAUUUGAAAUUAAAACAGAAACUAGUAUCGAUGAUAAGACGGGCAAAUUUUAUUUGAAGAAAAGGGCUUAUUUGAAUAACACGGGCUACGUAUUGGACGUGAUAACGUUCAAAUUUUCUAAAGUUGAGCUUAUUGCGCAACCGACUUCAUUCACCGCAUAUCCAUCCACGGUACCGAGAUUUGGUCAUUCCCAAGUCUCUGUUGCACACAGCUCUAUGACACCAGUGAAGUGUCCGUCGUGCACUAACGUCGAGCCGCAUGAUCACCAUGAGGAUUUGAACGACAGCAUUUUGAGCAAAGGUGUAUCGUCCAACAGUCCUUACUCUUUACCAAUAAGGACAGAAUCCAAUCCAUCUAAGGCUGGCACUCCAGAACGCAUUUUGAAUAACAAACUGUCAGGGUCUUUGAAUUCUGGAGUUUACACCAUAUUGGUCAUGGGUGGGUAUAGACAAAGUGGCGAUGACGAUUAUACGGUCUUGAGAGAUUUGUGGAAAAUCGAAGUGACCGUGACUGCAAGAGGCAAAAGGAAUUAUUUCAAAUUUGCCGAUACCGCUUUGGCAACUAUGUUCCCAUGUGUACCACUAGAUCUGGACUGUCCAACGUGGCCCGCUAAGAGAGCGUUUCAUGCUUGUCAAGUUUUUGAUACGGCAUCGCUCGAUGAACCUACUUUGGAAGAAGAACUUCAAAUCAUGCUCGCCAGUUUGAAAAGAAACUUCUCAGUUGAUGGUGGUAGUGCCGCGAAAUCGUCAAACCAAGCCCAGAGGCGACGGUCGGCGACUUUUAAAUCGGACACCGACAUUGACCAACAGUCCUCUGACUGUGAAUUGGAUCCGUUAACUGCAAGAGAAUCUUCUCACUCACGACCAGUGGGCAAGACUCUUGUCAUUCAUGGAGGUUCGAACAAAGAUCAAGUUUACGGUGAUAUGUGGUUUUUCGAUUUAGAUACAGAAGAAUGGUCUCGAAGUCCCACUUACAUGGUGGGAAACAAUGGCAAAAGAAUUCAAGGGGACUUGACAAUGGUUGGACACACUUUGGUCCGAGCAGGUCCCGCCGCAAUCUUAACGGGGGGGUUCACGCAAGAGGACGUGAAGAAACAUUGGCCCACACAGCAGUUUGUUGAGGAAGAAUCGCCACAUGAACAAGUCAAGCCGGCAACUUUCCAUUUACUGAACAUCGGCAACAUGACUUUUAGCAACCUGUUUGUUGGAGAAGAACACCGCGUCCAGAGCGGCGAAGUGCCCAAACCGUGGGCCGAUACUUACCGCUUAAACUCAAUUGUGACAAUUUAUUCUAAUGGCUUUCUCUACAUCGUCGGAGGACUAGUCGCGAAAACCAAAGACAUCAAGCAAGUUUACCUAAGAGGAACUAUAACCAUAUGCAUACUACCAAUGGUUUCUACCCCCAAAUUACUCAAUUCUUGA